CAGCUACGAGCCAUGAUUGUUGUUGCUUGGCCACGACGCUUCACCAUCGGUUGCCGGCUUGUGGAAAAAUUGAAGGGACCGGCGCGGCGCAAGUUCGGUUGACGUUGACGGAAUCGAAGCGCACUUAAUCGAGACGCCGCAUUUACAGGCGCUCCGCAUUUGCUCGUCGCUGGCCGGACGCAAUUAUGGUCUCGAUCCAGUUCACGUCGGACGUCGGGCUCGGCAAGGUGGCGGUCGCCGCCUUUGGCAUCGGCUUCGUCAUGGCCGUGCACCUCUGCCUCCUCUUCUACGUCGUCUUGGCGACGGACGCGGGCUGGACGUACCACAAUGCGACGUUGCAGUGGGCGGUGUACAUGGUCUGCCUCACGUUUUUCCACUUUUCCGAGUUUAUCUCGACGGCCGCGUUCAAGCCCGGCUUUGUGAGCUACGAGUCUUUCCUCCUCAACCACAGCGACGCGUACCAAGCCGCGCUCUUUACGAGCUGGGUCGAGUACUGGCUCGAGGCCUACUUCUUCCCGGACGCCAAGUUUCGCUCGCUCUUCAUGUGGCUCGGCCUCUUCCUCAUCGUCAUGGGCCAAUUCUUCCGCGUCGGCGCCAUGUGGACAGCGAAGAGCAACUUUUCCCAUCGCAUUGAGGUCGCCAAGCGCAAGGACCACGAGCUCAUCACGCACGGUCUCUACGCGUACAUUCGCCACCCGUCGUACUUUGGCUGGUUCUACUGGUCGAUCGGCAGCCAAGUCUUUCUCUGCAACCCGCUCUGCACCGUCGCGUACACGGUCGCGUCCUGGAGCUUCUUCAAGGACCGCAUUCCGUACGAGGAAGAGAUCCUCCUCGACUUCUUUCCCGAGCAGUACCCGGCGUACAAGGCGCGUACGGUCAGCGGCGUUCCCUUUGUGUAAGCUCGCGCAAGAAGGUGGCGUCGUCGGACGUCAAGUCUCGCACCGGCGUCCUGCCGAUUCUGGCUGUGGAGUCGUGCACAGUAGUCACCCACCGUCGCCACUUUUUUCUUCCACUAACGUUAGCAACAAUCCAGUACUUCGUCGCGUCAGG